CAAAUGGCAUACGACCAUUGGUUCAAGGCGUAGUUAAAUUUGAGAUGUAGACCAACUCAAAUGAGCCCUUGCAAUUUUUUCCUAUGCACCAUGUGUCCUCAAAAAACUAUUACUAUUAUAUCUUCCUUAGCCAAUUUGGAUAUCCUCAUUUUGCUAGUUCAACAUUGUUUUAACCAUUUUUUAUCUCAGCCUCAAUUCUGAUUGAUAUAAGAUAAGCAAUUGCAAUUUUCAAAUUUUGAUUGUUAUUCUACCAGAAUCUUUCUCAGCAUAGUCGCACUGUGAUUAUGACUUAAUCUUUCUGAUGGGCUGGACAUCUCUGUUAUUUCAAUUUUACAGUUAGCAUCAUUUUUUUAACAGAAACUUACCAUAAUCCUGACUGACUUGAUUUAUUUGUCUUUUGCAUUUGCAUUCUCAAACUAAUCUUUGGCUCAAUAUUCAUCCAUCUCCAUGAUGAUGCAAAAUCCUUUUGUGAUCUUGACUUCUUGAUUCGCGGCACAAUGUCAAUUUAAUGUUUUUUCCUGAUGCCAAUUGCAAGGGUCAGUUCCAACAUCUAAUUAGCUCUGUCGUUCUUCAAUGAUUUUGAAUUAAAUUUUGUUUACAGUUGCUAUCAGAUCAAUUAUCAGAUUUUGGAACCUAAUUCCAACAUGUCUGCUGCAUUCUCGACAGACAGAUAAUAUAAAAAUAGUUGCUUAUUUAAUUAUUUUCUAGUUACAUUUUCAGUCUGGCUUCUAUUAUUCAGCUUAUUGAUUGCCCUCAAUCAUGACCAAAUUCUGUUUUGAAUCCAUAUGCACUACUUUAACAUUAAUUGAAUUUUGAUUCUGGUAAAGUAUUUAUUUUACCUUCAAUAACAGUUCUUUAAUCUAAUUUUAGUCCCAAUUCAUGACUGGAUUUUGAUCUGGGCAAGCAAUUCUCAUCUGAACAUGUUUAAUGCUAUCAUGUCAUGCUUCAUGACAUUUUUAGGAAGCAGACUUAGUUUUUUUGACUUUAGACCAAUCCAUGGCUGAUCUCUCCCAUUAUUCAAUUUCAACCUUACCUUUUGAAGUAGCUUCAACAUGUGCUCUGAUAUAUAGGUUACAAAAGACAGCCCUUUUUAAUUACGGUCUAAGAGGUUUCAGAUGUCUUUGUUUUCGCUUCUCGUACUGGACAAAAUGUGAUGUUUCUCCAUCUCCAGCAGACGCCUGCCCCUAUCUUAUUUGGAGGCAUGUGAAGGUUCUACUUGGAUACUAUGUGCUUGGUGAACGUUCCAAAAACAAAGAAAACUUACUGCAAGAACAAGGCUUGCAGGAAGCAUACCCUGCACAAAGUUACUCAGUAUAAGAAGGGUAAGGAUAGUCUUUCGGCUCAAGGGAAGCGACGUUACGACCGGAAACAAUCUGGUUAUGGUGGGCAGACCAAGCCUGUUUUCCACAAGAAGGCAAAAACAACCAAGAAAAUUGUGCUGAAGCUGCAAUGUCAGAGCUGCAAGCACUACUCUCAACACCCGAUCAAGAGGUGCAAGCAUUUUGAGAUUGGUGGAGACAAGAAAGGCAAGGGGACAUCUCUAUUCUAGUUUGCUUUACUACACAAUUAUGGUGCUUCUUGUGCUUGACUGCAUCUGGAAAUGGUUUUGGGAGGCCUGGUAAAACUCUUUCAUAAUUGUAGUUUGACUUUAAUAUGCUUUUAGUUAUGGCUUUAGUGUGUGGUUAUUUGAUAACCAUGGGGAGUAUAUUUUCUAAGUUUCAAUCUUCAUUUAUGUAGUGUAUUUUUUCUUCCAAAGUGAACCGUCAAAUGGACUUGUUUCUGGAAGAUGUCAUUUAACAUAUUUUAGAGAUAUAACUUGUUCUGAGUAUGUUGGAAAUCAUCUUAAAAUGUGUAUAUAUGGAAUUAGCCUGACCUAUCGUAUUUUAUGUACUUUGGGUUUGACCAUAAA